AUAUGAGAGCAAUAAAUCGCCUUUAAGAAAUGUCUCGAGACGACCAGAGUGUCGGAACGAGUCAUUCAUCCCAGCGCAGGCUUAAGCGUAAAUUCAAAUCGCCCCAAAAACCUCCCGAGGCGAAAAAGUCUUGUGCUCAAUAUUCAUGUCGAACCUUAUUGGAUAUCUGCGCAGAAGUAGUCGCUGUAAGCAUUCCAUUCCAAACUGUAGAGGACCGGUUCUCUCCUGUCCCAGAAGCAGUGCAGUUGAGAAUUAUAUACUGGUCGUUCCCAAGAAACGAAGAUGAGAUCCGAAUGUACUCGUCAAUUUCUUCCUCUGUUGGUGCUAAUCACGAUGCCAUGAAAUACACCAGUGCGUUCUCUUCUGUUGUAGAGUCAAGUGCCAGUGCAGCGGGGCCUAAGCAGCAGUUCAAUCGAGCAGUCCGACUUCUGAAUGACGGAAAUGUUCGAGAUGCGCUGCAAAUAGGGUUCCACUUGAGUGGAAGUAUCAACUGCCCUAACUCAAAACCAAGUUCUUCCGAUUUCGACUUUCUCAACGACGAAAAGCAAUACAAAGUGUCAAUCAAUUUCGAUAGGUGCAAAAUUACAUCAGUUUCAUGUACCUGCGACAAUAAAGACAUUUUCUGGUGUCCUCAUGUUGUGGCCUUAGCAUUGUUCCGAAUCAGAUGUGCUAAAGAAGUGAAGUAUCGUCUUCCCAUUUCUGAGUCACUUUGCCAAAUGACCAAAGAUCAGCUACAAAAAUUGUGCAUGUAUACGAUAGCUCAACAUCAUCGGGACAUAUUGCCCACAUGCCAACAAGUUGUCGAUUCAUUAUUGAGUCCUAAUUCCAAAAUAAGCGUGCUAGCCGGAUAUCCAGACCCUACUGCAGGAGCAAGCCGAGAUGACGAUAACUGCUACUUUAUCGAUGAAAGUCAAGUGCAAGAACAGGUCAAAUUCUAUCUCUCACAGGGUGGCUAUUAUAACUCUGCCAAACAACUCAAGUGCAUGUUUUCAAAGAUCAAAGAAAUGCUGAAAGCUCGCGAUACGAAUGGUCCACGAAUGCUGCGCUUGAUCACCCUCGAGUUCAUAGCUGAUCCAAAGUUGAAGAUUUGGCACAACCAAGGCAGUGCCAUGACAGAAAAGUCUAGAAUUCUGUGGGAUACCCUUGGCUACAUGUGGCUAAUGGUAGUGUUCAAUCCACUGUGUCCGUCUUCUUUAAGAGAAGACUGGCGAGCGUGUCUAACAGAGUGGCACUCGAAGCCAGAGUGUCCUCUUGAAAACCCAGAUCUGCCAAAUAUUGACCUGGUUGCCGAUGACAAGCGAUCUGUGUUCAGUCGCGCAUUAGAUACUUACUCUUUUACUUGGGAUGACGCACAGUUGCAAGCUCUUUUAAAACGUCAUCGGAGAGCCCAGUCUGGUUCAGAUCCAAUGAGAAAGUCCUCUGAUCUGAAAUAUUGGGAUGAAGAAAUAUCAAUAGCUACAUGCAGGGUCGAUACCUUACGCUGUAAUGGAUUUGAGAACGAAUCCAUAGUUCUCUCUCUUGCAGUGAUUCGAAGUUUGAGAAGACGCUUGAAAAAGAAGGUGACGAAGUCUCGAAGAAGCGACGAUCCAGUUAUUGAGUCAGCGGACUCUUGGGUAGGGAACCCUUCCGAACCCAUUCUUGCCCUGGUUGACCUCUUACUAGAGGUGAGCGAAGACAACUCGGCCAGCCCUGCUGCAAAAUUUACCCACAUUCCAAUACCUGAUGGACUGAGCCCUAGAAGCGAAGAAGAUUCUUAUCUCUGUUUGGCCUUCGAAGUUGCCAUUCUCGGAAUGAGUCAACACAGAUUGCUUCCUGCUGGUCUCUAUGCUCAAGAACGCCUGUGCAGAGCAGAGGAAUUGAUCAUCUCAAAGCUGUCAAAUGUUAACAUGGACACCCGCAUCGUCAAGACUCUGAUGCUCGUGUCGAUGGCCUUGAUGAAAGGAUUCAAUAAUGGACUGGCGGCACAAGUUCACCCGGAAAGUGUGCCGAUGCAAAUCUUGUGCAAAUACCUGUUUGAAAUGUUGGUUCACGUUGAAAGGGAACUGGCAUUUGAGAUAGGUGUUCUAGGAUUGCGACUGCCAGUGACUGAUAACAAUCAAACUACGGACGAUACUGAGAGUUUGAUGUUCAACGCGGAGAAUACCCGCUGGUACACUUUGGGCAAUUUCCAGUCUCGACAAGUAGAGCUGGCUUUGACCAUGUUUAUUGGGGCAAAUGAUAAUAUGUUGUUCAUCAAAAAAGUGCUAGACGCAGUGCAAUUUCAUCUCAAAAGUGCUUCGCAUCUGUUUUCCUUGGCUCAGGAUAUUCACAAGAAAGCGACUGGCGGAACUGUGGAAUCUGACUGCAAGAAAACACUUCUAAACGUUGCCUUCGAACUCGGCCUACAACUGCUGCGAAUCACACUCAGGGCGUCAACGUGGAGGCGCAGUGAAAUGGUCACAUGGCAAAUAAAUUGUGCGAUGGAUGUGGGAGCAGGAGCUUUGAUCUCAAUGAUGCAGUCCUGGUCUAAUUUCCUCAGUCCGAAGGAAGCCACAAGUAAUUUGUCUUCAACUGUCAUGAAUCGCGAUACUCCAAUGCGGCUGCAGUUGAACUAUACACAAAUCCAGGAGCUCAAAAACUGCACUAGGACUCUGGUACUGCAGUGUACUAGGAAGGACCCAGCCAACUGUGCGAUAUAUGCUCUCACCUUUUGUGAAAAUGACAGACAAGCAUUUGAAGCUGCUUACAACAUAGUGUUAGAAGCAUCGCCAGGAACGCUGACGUCCAGUCAGUUGUUCACAAUUGCGAGGUUCCUGGAACAGCGCAUGCACAGAUACCGUGCAUUCAAGCUAUCUAACUUGGCUUUGAAGCGAUUGAAAAUCGGAGCAAGCCAAGAAACUCAUCAUUCGGUCAACGACGUUCAUUGGGCAGUGGCCAUCAGUUUCCAGCUCGGUAGGUCGGAAAUUGUGGCCACUCUGAGACAGGUUAUAAGCAGCGUACAAUGUGCCAACGUACUCUCAGAUAUUCUGAGACGUUGCACAAUGUCUGCUCCCAACGUGCUGGACAGCUCAAAGAGAUCGGCGGGAUCCAAGUCUCCCGGCGGCGGUAGCUCCUCCAGCAGGUUUCUCAACAUCAAUCAGAGUCCUCUGAAUGAGCUUCUGGAAGCAACUUUGAAUGCAUACCUGUCGGGAAUCACUUCAAGAUUGCAGCACAUUAGUCCCAGACACUACACAGACUUCUUGACUCUCCUGCACAAGGCUCGUCAUACAUUCAGUCUAGCUCCGAAUGGGCGCGAGAGGUUCGCCCAGUUGAUGGAGAGUUUGAUGACCACUCAUAAAGGAAAGAAGAAGUUGAUGCAACUCAUCAGACAGACAUUCCCCACUUUCACAGCCGCCGAUGUAGCAUCUACCUCCCGAGUUUAGUUUCGACUUCGAGCAUAGCCAGCAGUCAUCUCGUCUCCUAACUAACUGAAGUUCCCUUUUAAUAUUACUUUGUGUCCUGUCGCGGCCUGCAAAUUAGUCCGCGGCUGUUUUUGUCGUUUUGACCAAGGUUUUUGAAUAAUACAUAAAAGCCCUCGAAUUGAAUGCACAUAAAUUGUUGUGCCGUAGUAAUCAUGGUUUUUGAUCCCUUCAAAUAUUGCGAAUAGCAUUUAGCUUAGUGUAAUUAAAUCAAGUUAUUGAAUGAAUGCUAGGCGACAUUUAAAAAAGCUCGAUGCAGUUAAGAGCAAUAUUGUGAAUAUGACAUAUAGAUAUGAAGAUAUUUAACUGAACGUUAACUUCAUACUUUCCACAUUGCACAUAGUUAUCGAGUCAAGAUCUGAUCAAGGGGGGGCUGUUAGCAAAGAAUUUAAUUGAGGGCAGUGGCUAAACCAAAUACAGUUUGAUUCCUUUCUUGAGAUCACGUAUGUUUUCCGUCUCCUAGUGUCAUAUUGGAUCAACAGUACAAUCUCCCCUCCCCAAGCGCGCUGAAAAUACUACUGUAGAAAAUUUUUAAAACC